AUGAUGAACAAAGACACCCGGAGAAGACCAUGGUUGCUCGAGUUGCGCUCAUCGAAGCAAAUGAUCGCCCUGGGGGUGUUUUCAACAACCUUCACCGAUGGAUUUCUCUACGGAAUCAUCGUAUCUGUGCUUCCUUUCUCACUGACCGUCCGAUCUGGGGUUCCAGAAGCCGAUGUCCCGUUCUGGACAUCGAUCUCUCUAGCCGUUUUCGGAAUUGCCAUGACACUUGGUGCCCCCAUAGCAGGAUGGGUCGUCGGGAAAUGCGAGAGACGACAGAUACCGUUCUUGGGCGGGCUCUCUUGCGCAUUCGGUGCGACAAUGUUAUUCAUGCUCGGAGUUAAGCCAUGGCUCAUAAUCGUCGCGAGGAUACUUCAAGGUCUAUCUGCGGGCGUUGUGUACACCGCGGGUCUGACGCUGUUGGUUGAUACCAUUGAGUCGCACGAGCUGGGACCCUGGAUUGGCUUUGGCCUCUCGGGCAUGAAUUUUGGGGUACUCGUAUCACCUACUCUCGGGGGUAUAGUAUAUGAGAAAGCAGGGUUCUAUCCUGUCUUCAUCAUGGCGCUUGGUGUUGUCUUCGUCAACCUGGUGCUCAUUCUGCUCAUGAUUGAUAAGAAGACUGCUGCACAAUUCGAAGGACAGACUGGCAUAACUCAAUGCCCCUCCACUCUGGAUCAAAGCCAGAGGAAGCUUUGCAUCGCGAACGGGAAGCGGCGGUUAUCGAGCGUCGAAGACGGCCCUCCUGACAUCACGACACCACUCAUCUCACACUGUCGUGAAAUGCCUGAUGUGGCUAGGAUUGACCCUUCUUGGUGGACAGUUGUCGGAGGGUUUCUUCGCGAUCAGCGCGUUUUUGCUGCACUAUACGGAUGUCUCAUUAACACCAUCUUAGUCACCGCCAUGGAUGCCGUGUUGCCAAUAUUUGUGAAGCAGACUUUCCACUGGGUGUCCGGUGCCACUGGAGCCAUGUUCUUGAACUUGACCCUUCCAUCAUUGAUAGCUCCAUUUAUUGGACUGAUCUCAGACAAGUACGGGGUCCGAUUCAUCUCUACCAUCGGGUUCACAUGUUCAGCUGUGGCUGUCGUUCUUCUCUCUUUCAUCGAAGGCGAUGACAGCACAAGCAAGGUGAUGGCGUGUGUCCUGCUAUCGUUUGUCGGCAUAGGUCUGAAUACCUCGCUGGCUCCGUUAGUGACGGAGAUACCUCGCAUUGUGGAGGCUAUUCAAGUGAAACAACCUGAGAUAUAUGGCGGCAAAAGUACUGUCACAGAGGGCUAUAUGCUUCUUGAUGCUGUGUUUGGAGCUGGUACUGUCUUCGGGCCAUUACUUUCAGAGCUUGUAUUUGAUAUGUAUGGGUGGACCGCAUGCACCGCUCUACUUGGAUUACUCAGUCUCUCGGCCAUAGUUCCGGUGUCAUUCCAUCUGCCCCCGAAUCCAAAAGGCCGAUGA